CCUCUGCUGUGUGAGGCCCCAGUGGCUCUGACUGAGACUGUCUCCCUGUGAGCUGCAGGUGCUGUGAGAUCCCCAGGAAGGAUGUCUGGACUCCCCAGAAGGCAGGAAAUGAUGCAGUCACACUGUGAGUCCACGUUGUACCUUGUGAAGUUUGGGGUUUACGUAGACCUUCAGAACUCAGUGGCCUUUGAGGAUGUGACUGUGAACUUCACUGAGGAAGAGUGGGCUUUGCUGGAUCCUUCUCAGAAGAAUCUCUACAGAGAUGUGAUGCAGGAAGUCCUUAGAAAUCUGGCUUCUCUAGGAGACAGAUGGGAGUUCCAGAACAUUGAAGAUCAGAACACAAAUCCCGGGAGAGAUUUGAGGUCCUUUAUAUCUCACUCUGCAAACAAGGCAUAUAAGAAUCAUGAGACUGGAGGGAAGACAUAUGAAAUUAAACAGAACAGAAAAUCCUUCCUUCCUCUCACAAGUGAUCAAAGACAAGCAUCAGAGCACACUGUAAAUGGGCCUUAUGGAUAUUUGACAUGGGGAAGAGAGUUGAGUUCCAGGUGUUUUCAAGAACAUGGAGGAUCUCAUACUGGCAAAAAUCUAUGUGGAUGUAAGGAAUGUGGAAAAGCCUUCUCAGAUUCAAGUGACUUUCAAAUAGAUAUACAAACUCAUACUGGAGAGAUGGCUAAAAAAUGGAAACGAAGUAGGGAAGCCUUCAUUAAUUCAGCUAGCCUUCAAUUAGAUGAAGAAACCCAUACAGGGAAGAAGCCCUAUGAAUGUAAACAGUGUGGAAAAGCCUUCACUACUUCCUCUUACCUUCAAAUACAUAAGCGAUAUCAUACUGGAGAGAAGCCCUAUGAAUGUAAACAAUGUGGAAAAGCCUUCACUACUUUGUCUGAACUUCAAAAACAUAAUCGAACUCAUACCGGAGAGAAGCCCUAUGUAUGUAAGCAGUGUGGAAAAUCCUUUACUUUUUCCAGUCACCUUCACUCACAUGAAAGAACUCAUACAGGAAAGAAGCCCUAUGAAUGUAAACAGUGUGGGAAAGCCUUCACUACUUCCUCUUACCUUCAAAUACAUAAACGAAUUCAUACUGGAGAGAAGCCCUAUGAAUGUGAAAAAUGUGGGAAAGCCUUCACUAGGUCCUCUUACCUUCAAAUACAUAAUUGAAUUCAUACAGGAGAAAAGCCCUAUGAAUGUAAGCAGUGUGGAAAAGCCUUCACUGUGUCCAUUCGACUUCACUCACAUGAGCAAACCCAUACAGGAAAGAAAGCCUAUGGAUGUAUACAAUGUGGGAAAGCCUUCACUACUUCCUCUUACCUUCAAAUACAUAAGCGAACUCAUACUGGAGAGAAGCCCUAUGAAUGUAAGGACUGUGGGAAAUCCUUUACUUCAUCCAGUAACCUUCACUCACAUAAAAGAACUCAUACAGGAAAGAAACCCUAUGAAUGUAAACAAUGUGGAAAAGCCUUCUGUAGUUUCUCUUCUCUUCAAAUACAUGAACGAUCACAUACUGGAGAGAAGCCCUAUAAAUAUAAGCAAUGUGAAAAAGCCUUUACUACUUCCUUUUACCUUCAAGUACAUAAACGAAUUCAUACUGGAGAAAAACCCUAUGAAUGUGACCAAUGUGGGAAAGCUUUUGCUUCAUCCAGUCAUCUUCAUUCACAUGAAAGAACUCAUACAGGAAAGAAACCUUAUGAAUGUAAACAAUGUGGAAAAGCCUUCUGUAGUUCCUCUUCUCUUCAAAUACAUGAACGAUCACAUACUGGAGAGAAGUCCUAUAAAUAAGCAAUGUGAAAAAACCUUUUCUUCUUCCUUUUACCUUCAAAUACAUAAACGAACUCAUACUGGAGAGAUACCCUAUGAAUGUAAGGACUGUGGGAAAUCCUGAGUCUGAGAGGAGACUGUAGUGGAAUUUUGGGCAGUGUUGGAAUUGACCAAAAUGUACUUUGCAUUGGAGAUGGUGGUGGGC